CUCCUAACAAAGAAAAUUCACAAAACCAAAAAAUAAACAUAAAAUCACUUAUUUUUAAGAGCAGUUUUGGUAACAAUAAUAUCAUCAUGAGUCAGGAACAACCAAGGAGACAUGAGCAAGAACCAAUAAAAUACGGUGAUGUGUUCAAUGUGUCUGGUGAGUUAUCAUCACAACCCAUUGCACCAAGAGAUGCUGCUACCAUGCAAUCUGCAGAAUAUAGAACAUUUGGCCAGACUAGAAAAGAUGGGCCUGCUUCUCUCAUGACUUCUGCUGCCCAAAAAAAUGAGGAUGCUGGUUUCAUCAAACAUAACACUGCUACAAACAUUGCAAGAAAUGAAGGUGUUGCUGUUUCAGAAACUUAUGAUGGGGGCAAACGUGUCAUCACUGAGACUCUUGGUGGACAGGUCCUAGGGAAGUUUGUGGAAGAUGCAGAUAGGGCAAAAGGGAAUAUGGCUGGCGAUGAAAUGGAAGACGAAGGUGAUCCUAAUCCUGCCUCAGCUCAAGCUCCUAAAGUGGGAGCAACAAAAGACAUUGAUUUUAUAAGUAACAAAGGUGGUGGUGCCAUGAAUCCUCGGUUUGCUGGGAACCAAAAUGAGUAUGCUAGGUCAAAUGAUUCAAUGGUGGAUAAUGAAAACCCUGGAGUUAUAAAUAGUGUACCUGGUGGCAUGGGAGCAUCCAUGGCAACUGCGACUGCAGAUCGAGUUAAGAAAAACAAAUGAAGUGCACUUUGAAGUUUGAGUUCCAAUGUUCCAAUUUGUUUUUCAGCAGUGUUUUAUUUUACCUUUUUUUGGCUGUGUAUUAUUAUGACUUAAAGUUAAUCGUAUAGCUCUAAUAUCAUAAUUCCUAAAUAAGAACUGUAUAUUGAUCUAAUGUUUGUUUAGCUUAA